CAACUUCAAUCUCCUUUUCUCUAAUUAUUUCUUUCGUUCUUUAAUUCCUUUCUACUUUCUUUCUUAACUUUUCUCUUACUGUGCCCUAUACCAUUCACAUGAUCUGUAUCACUCACGUGACUUGUAUAACAUUCCAAUUCUUUUACUGUGCCUUGUACUACUCACAUGAUCUGUAUUACUCACGUGACUUGCCGCAGUAUAAUCUCAUUUUAUUCACUCACAUUUGUAAUCGAACUGAAGAUCAUAAGCCCAAUUGUUCAAACACUUACCAUUAUACCAACAACAUAUAGUUGUU